UUCAUCGCUUAAUGAGCCCAAUAGAUACAGUCUUUUCAGCCAAGAUAAUCUAGCAAAUACGAAGUCAUGUCCGACAGCCUUGUGCCUUCUGAACUUGUCCACGAAGGCAGACUCAACAAGCUGUCGGAGCUCUACUCAGUCCCUCGCAAUGGCUGACCCGAUCUCAGUAAUCGGGCUGGUUUCUGGUAUCAUUACUUUCAUUGAUUUCGGAUACAAAGUGAUUUCUGGAGCGAGAAAUGUUCGCAGCGCUUCACAUGGCUUCACGGCCGACGUCCAUGAGCUGAAUAUGAUUGUCGAAGACGUUCAAAAGUUCAACAAGAUCGUCAAAGAGCAGGGAAAAUCCGGUCAGCAGCUGUCAAAAGAUGAGCGCAGUAUGCUGGAAAUGGUAACUGAGUGUGAUAACUUGGUGUUCAAGAUCAGAGAUAUUGUCAAGACUCUUCGAAAGCGAGAAGAAGCUCGUUCGAAGACUCUUGAGAGUGCACGCGUAUUUACUCGCAGUUUCUUCAAACAGGGAGAGCUCCAAGCGUUGCAGACUCGCCUGGAGAAGCUCGACAGCCGGAUCCGAAUAAACACAGCAAAUGCUCUACAGAAAGAACACAACUCUUCCAUCACGAAAAAGCUGGGGGAUAUCGAAGAGUCCCAAAGAAGCAUAGGUGUGAGAGAAGAAUCAAGGCUGGACGCAAUCCGCGAUGACAUCCAACGUCUUGCGAAGCAGAAUCAAGAGAUUGGAGAGGCGUGGACUGAGAAGCGAAUGGCGGGUCUCCAGAGUCUUUUGACCAAGCUAAGAAGCUUACAAAAAGAACAUGAUAUCUGCUCCCAACAGAUCAAAGUACUGGAAUCGCUAUACUUUACAGAGCUCCGGCGUCGUUGGUAUCUGAUUCCAUAUGCAGACCAAAGGACGAAUGAUUGGGUAUUUAACCCUGAACAAACAUAUUUCAAGUCAUGGCUGGAGACAAAAGAUGAGGGAAUAUUCUACAUCACUGGCAAAGCUGGAAGUGGAAAGUCCACACUGAUGAAAUACAUCUCAGAACAAGAUCAUACAGAAGACAGUUUGAGAAAAUGGGCCGGCUCCAAAAAGCUCUACACGGCAAGCUUUUACUUCUGGAACCAAGGAACCGACCUCCAGAAGAGCAGCAUUGGACUUUUAAGAUCCUUGUUAUAUCAGAUACUGAGAUCCGUGCCAGAUCUCAUCAGAUCUGUGUGUGAAGAUCGUUUACAUCAUGAAGAGUGGGAAUUGGGGCAGCUCAAGAAGGUUUUCCACAAGCUCACGCAGCAUACGGAGCUAGAUACAAACUUUUGCUUCUUCAUCGAUGGGCUUGACGAGUACGAGGGAGAGGAGAACGAUGUUACUCACCUCUUGGAAACGCUUUCAAUUUCUUCGCAGAUCAAGAUCUGUGUGUCCAGUCGACCUGGACGCCAAUACGAAGACAUUCUCCCGAAGCCGCAUCAAAAAUCCACCAUCGAUAUCGCUCGUUUUACCAAGCAGGAUAUGGAAAAUUAUAUCAAUACCCACCUGAAAGGUUGCUCAAAUUGGCUCAAGCUUAGGCAGCGUCAUGCUGCUCAAUGCCAGGAGAUUAUUCAAGAGAUAUCAGCCCGUGCUUCGGGAGUGUGGCUUUGGGUUUCUCUCGUCACCACGGAUAUUGUCAAAGAAGCGGAGAAGAAUGAGGGCAUCGAAACACUAACAAGAGUGGUUGACAACUUCCCCGACGAUUUACACAAAUACUUCGAAAAGAUCAUCCAGAAGAUACCAAAGAUACAUCGCGAGGAGAUGGCGCAAAUUUUCCUAAUCGUUGCUGAAGAGCUUCAGCCCCUACCCCUGUACGGGUUCGCGUUGCUAGCACAGGAGUCAUCAAACAGUGAUUACGCAAUCGCUCUCAAGAUACAACCCCUUGAAGAUCGGGAUGUGAGGGCGCAAUACAACGACUUGCAAGAUCGAAUCCGCAAUCGAUGUAGCGACCUUCUAAUUGUGGACGACGGCUUCCAUCCGCUUUGUUUAACACACACCGUGGAUUUUCUACACCGGACCGUCCGUGACUUCCUGCGAGAUUACCAUAGCCAAUUACAAGUCAAUCUUGUCAGAAACUUCAACCCUUUGAUAUCGCUGAGUAGGAUUUGGCUUGCUCUACUCAAACAUCUCCCCAUCACGAGUUUCCAAGACCGCAGGACCGCAAAUAAGAUCAUCGGGAUCACGGAUGAAAUACUUUACUACGCACGUGAGUUGGAGAAGAGAGGUACCGAUGACGAUCAAAUCUCCAUGAUCCGUCUCCUUGACGAAUUGAAUGACACCAAUCGUCAACACGCCUCCUGUUCUUCGUUUAGCAAUCACUGGACGAACGCCCGAGACUCACCUACUCAACGAGGGCUUGACGAGUACAAUGAAGGCGGCCAGUGUAAUUGGAUUGCAUUGACAGUACAAGCACGUCUUGUAAAGUAUGUGCGCGCGAAACUAAACUCAGAUCCGCGGAUUUUGCACAAGCGGGGACGACCGCUCCUAGACUACGCAUUACGACCUAGGCGAACAACACCGAUCUCGAUGCCUUACCACUCCGUGAGAGACGACCCCAGCGUGGACACUGACAUGAUUUCAAUGCUCCUUGAAAACGGUGCAGAUGCCAACCAGCCUGUUCAUAUAAAUGGUGGGAAGUCGGUAUGGGCGUUGUUCCUUCAUUCCAUAUACAGUGAUCAUAUGCGACUGGGAGGAGUGACCUCAAUUCUGAGUGAUAGUCUCAACAAAGCUUGGUAUCAAGCCUGCAGAUCGAUGAUUCAAGCAGGAGCGCGUCAAGACUGUCUUCCGGCGGGAGAUGUCGAAGAAGUCUUUCUUCGCGUUUUCGGGGAAGAUAGGGCGGCUGUCUUGACCCAGGAGUUGGCAGAGAGAGAAAUGGAGCAAUCACACGGUUCUUGUACGAUGAUGUGA